AUGACACCCGCCAAUAGUAUUGCCAACGACACGACCAAUUAUGAUGAGACUUCUCCACUUCUCCGAACCACUUCCAAUGCUCACAAUGCUGAAGCUCAGAUUGCUGAGAAACCCAAGUCUACUCCUCUACCAAAGGGUCAACUCACUGCACUCUGCAUCGUUCGUCUAGUCGAACCCAUAACGUUCACUCAGCUCUUUCCAUAUGUCAACGAGUUCAUGAGCGAUCUUCAUCUCACAGAUGACCCAUCAAAAAUAGGCUUCUACAGCGGGUUGGUUGAGAGCGCUUUUGCUGUAUCUCAAUUGUGUUCCAUCUACCACUGGGCUAGGUUAUCAGAUGUUAUCGGACGACGUCCUGUCAUAUUUCUCGGUAUAAUUGGGCUUGCCAUCACCACGCUGAUGUUUGGUUUAUCCAAAUCACUGGCAAGUGUCUUAGUGGCGCGUUGCUUAGGUGGGGAACAUUCCAUACCUGCACCUAAACUAAUUUCUAAUUCUGUAGGCGGACUAUUUUCGGGAAAUAUCGCUGUCAUCCAUUCGGUUCUAGGAGAAAUCACCGAUUCCACAAACCAGAUGGUGGCUUUCCCCAUAUACGGCCUCGCCUGGCCUAUUGGCUCAAUCAUCGGACCACUUAUGGGUGGAGCGUUCUCUCACCCGGCCUUGAAAUAUCCCGAAAUAUUAGGGUACCAGUUCCUCAAGGAUUAUCCCUAUUUCCUGCCAUGCUUCAUUGCAUCCACGUUCGCUAUUAUCGGUGUUUCCCUUGGAUUCAUUUUCCUUGAAGAGACUCUGCCCAGCAAGCGCAACGGCAAGAAAAGCAUUUCUCCUAAUGCAAGUACCAAUGGCGAUAGCGUCACGACUGCACCAGCUCUUCCUGAGAAGCCUCUCAGUGUUUCAAAAUUAUUGUCGGUACCAAUCAUAUCCGCUUUGGCACUAUCUGGCUUUAUGCUAAGCUAUAUUGGAACAUCCUUUGACGUUGUAUUUGUCUUGUUCUGCUACUCGCCAAUUAAAUCCGGCGGUCUGGCGUUCUCAGCAUCACAAAUCGGAUACUCUCUUGCCAUCGCGGGUGCUAUCGGUGCUGCUAUCCAACUUUGUAUCAUGUCCUACCUCCUUCGAACGUUUGACCCUGCGAAGAUAUACUGCUUCUGCAUGAGCUUAUGGCCUUAUACUUUCCUCGUCUUGCCUGUUUUGAACCUUAUCGCUCGUGCUGGCUUGGACGAGACCACUGGCGAACUUGGAACGACCGCUGUUGCUUUUCUAUGGGUUGGUAUCGCCUUCGUCCUCCUGUUGACCAAGGCCGCUUGUAUUGCUUAUGGCGUUAGCAUGAUCCUUACCAAGGAGAACGCUCCGAAUGCCGCAUCACUGGGGCAGUCCAAUGGCUUGGUUCAGUUUACGAUGUGUUUCGCGCGAUCAUUCGCUCCCUUUGUGGUCAGUGCUUUGUUCGCAACCUCUUUAGAGUACAACUUAUUGGGCGGAUACCUGUGGCUUGUCAUUAUGGUGAUGGUCUCGUUCCUGGGCAUGACGACAUCGCGCAAGAUCAAGCAGAGCAGUGUGAAGACGAUAGGUUGAUUGGUCCGUGUCCAACAAAAGACCUACCGCGAUAGGUGGUGGGCAGUCACAUUCUAUAUUCCCAAGGCAUCACAUAUCACGACACCAUCAUGACUAUCCACAUCCAUUUCAAUCUUUGCUCAUAUACGUAUCUCUCGUCGCUGUGAUCCACAAGCUAUGCUUUUCUUAUAAGAACAUCUCCAUACCAUCGAAACGUGU